CUCUCUCUCUCUGUGCAGGCUGCAACACUUGUUCUUCUUCAAUUUCAUUUUCAUGGGGAAAGACUGGCUCUACUGGAUCGCCGGGAAGAGAAGGUCACCGGGAGAAAUGGCGCCGGCGGCCACAACAGGCGGCGGCUGUAUGCACGCAGUUUUCCAAUUCUUCGAUUCCCCACUACCUUCCAAUCAUCAUCAUUUUCAUUACAACCACCAUUGCGAUUCUUCCUCUCUUCUUCCACCACAUCAAAACCCCACUCCUUCAUCUCCACCUCCACCUCCACCUCCACUCUCAUUAUCAUUAUCCAAAGGUUUGGAAGCACCCAGAAACAGCCUCGACUUCGAUCAUAAUCCUUCACUCCUCUCAAAACAAGACCAUAACUUAAAUUUACCCGUAAGAUCAAUUCAGAUUAAAACAAGCCGCCAUAGCCAUAGCCAGGCCGACUUCUCCCCCAAAAGCAGCAGCAGCAGCAGCAAUAACAAUUCCCCCGGAAUAAAGACCCCAAGUGUCGUCGCCAGGCUCAUGGGCCUCGAUUUGCUGCCGGAAUCCAAUUCUCCGGCCACAGCACCCUCCCUCCGGCAAAAAUCCCGUCACCGGCGCACCAAAUUCAGAUCCUUCCUCCACAAAUCACACAAACCCUUCUCCGACGACGACAUCACCGUCGGCGCCCGCUCGCUGCCGGAAACGCCCAGAAUAUCCUCCGCCCGGAGAUCCGACUUCGACCUCCACCACCGCCUAUCCCUCCAAAUAAACACAAAUAAUCAAGAAUCGAAUAAAAGAAUAUUCCGGCACGACGAGAACCGAUGCCCCGCCGGCGCCGGCCAUUGCCCCAAGCAAAUCUUCAGAGACAGACGUGUUGGUGCUGACAUCACUAACCUCACAAGAAGAGACGAAAAUCUCAUCCUCCUCAAGAAAAAAGAUUCGUCCGCAAAAACGAUUUCUUACCAACGCCAAUCCUCGGACACGACGAAAUCCCGCCGAGUUUCGAUGACAUCCGAGAUUAGAGAUAAUCAGGCUCGAGAAUCCAUUCCAUUGAAGCAGCAGAAAAAAGCUUCGAGUAAUGGAAAUAAUCCCCCGUCAGGACUCAAAAAAUUGCGCGUUCAGACCUCCAGGAACAAGAAAGAGGAAACAUUUGUUCAUCCGAAAACAGACAAGAUUAAAUCCAAGAAAACUCCAUUACAGCUAUCUAAUCGUUCGUACAACCGGCCAGAUAACGGACCAACGGUCAAAGAAAACGUCGUUCCAAACGCCGUUAACGGCGGCGCAGCGACGGAGUACGGCGAUUAUAUUCAAAGAAUUCUCAGUCUUGCCGGCGUCGAGGAUAAAUUGACGGCGUUAACCUCCGUCAAAUGGCACUCCAAUUUGCACCCUAUUAACCCGUUAAUCUUCCACCGCAUUGAGCUGUUCCACCUCGCCGGAGCUGGAGGAGCCGCCGUUCUGAGCCACCGCUGCAACAGGAAGCUGAUUUUUCAGGUGGUGGACGAAUUGUUGGCCGGAAUUUUAAAAUCCGAUGUUUGUUUCAAGAAAUUUGUAUCCUCCGUCGGUACUGCGAAUUGCCGGAUUCCGUUGGUUGAAGAAUUGUGCAGAAAAAUAGAUAAUUUUCCGGCGGCGAAUUGUUUGGUCCUCGAAGAUAUCGAUUCGUUGAUUUGUAAAGAUUUCCGGCGGCUGGAUGGGGAGUUCGAGGAGGAAGGGGAGAGAAUCGUGCGCGAGAUUGAAGCUGAAAUAAUGGAGCAGUUGGUUCGCGAGACGGUGGCGGCGAUGGUGGCUCGCGGCGGCGGCGGCGGAGGAGACAACGACAUGCGGAUGUCACGUGCCGGGAAUCACGUGAGGUGAUUAUGAUGCCAUGGGCCGUUUUAGUUGGGCGUCACGUGCCUUAUUAUUAUUAGGCUUGACCAAUCAGGUUAUAUAUAUAGGAAUAUGAAUUUAUGUAUAUGUAUAUGUAUUUGGAUGUAAUUGUAUUCAUAUUGUAAAUAAAAUCCUUUUG